CGCUUUGCUACACUUGCGAAAUUCUUCUUUUGCAUCUUCCAUUUAGAAAUCUCAAGGGCACCAGCCAGCAAUAUGUCGUCUGGCAGUUACACAUUAUUCGACAUCCCCACCAAGGCACCACGGGUGUGCUGGUCGAUGAACACCUGGAGGACGAGAUUGCUUUUGAACUACAAGGGUCUCGACUACAAAACAGAAUGGGUUGAAUAUCCUGAGAUCGGGCCGCGGCUCAAUCAGCAUGUCCCUCCCAAUGAAAGUGAACCCAACUUUACACUCCCAGCAGUACAAAUGCCCGACGGCUCCUACGUCAUGGACUCCUACAAGAUUGCCGGUAUCAUUGAGGAAAAGCACCCAGAGCCAAGCUUGCCUCUGAACGCGCCAUUGCAGGCCAGGUUUAGAGAUAUCAUGAUAAAAUUCAUGGGAGAGCUCACACCAAUCUACGUCCCGGGAGUAGCGCAGCGCAUCCUCGGCGACGAGAGCCUCGACUUCUUCCUCACCACGCGUCACAAGGAUGUAGGCAUGCCACUAUUCGAAUAUGGGAAGCUGCAGGGUCCUGGGGCGUUUGAACGAGCCGAGCCAUUUGCGCGUGAGAUGACGGCGCUGCUGAACGAGACUUCCUCGGGGCCGUACUUUUUGGGCGAUGUUGUCAGCUACACUGAUUUUAUAUGGGCCGCUAUCUUGCUUUUCUUCAAGUGCCUGGGCGAUGAAGAGUAUCAAGAAGUGCUAACGAGGAGCGGAGACGCUGAGACGCAUACGAAGUUUUUGGAUGCGUUGAGUCCGUGGACAGGGCGAAAUGAUUAGGGGAAUUGAAGUUGCAAUCCACAUAUGCUAUAGCAAUGCCCACCUCGCCUUUGAAUGGAAGUCUGCAGCAAAACACCUGAUUCCAGAAUUAGUAGAGAGCAUAAUACAAGAAUUGGCAUAAAGUG